UGCGCAGGCAGAGCCGUGGACCAGCUUACACCAAGAACGUGACAUACAGCGAGAAAGCGAUGCGUCGCCUCGAUAUAAUGCUUUGAGUGUCUAUUGAACGCAGUUAACCGGCGUUCAUAGGAAUGCUGUAAGCGGGUCCUGUGCUCGGCCACAUUUGUGCAUAGUCAUGGCGAACUGACAAUAUCAGAUACAAUGUUGGGACGGAGAGGACUCGAACUUUUCCGACACACGAUCUGCCGAGAUGGUGCAGAAAACCUCCUUCAGGUGUAUCGACACUCUUGUUCACUAACGAAGGCGAACGUCAGCGAGGCGGUGAAUGAAAAGGUAGAGUCUCCUGCUUUGAAACCAAAGCAGAAAUCAAAUCCCUCGUUCUCCGACUUCCUCACCGAUACAUUUGGACGUCAACACACGUACCUGCGUAUUUCCCUGACAGAGCGCUGCAACCUCCGAUGCCAGUACUGCAUGCCCCAGGACGGGGUGCAGCUCACCCCCAAGCAGAUGCUGCUAAGUACAGACGAGAUCCUAGCACUGUCCCAGAUGUUUGUCAAGGAGGGGAUCACCAAGAUCAGACUGACAGGGGGAGAGCCCACGGUCAGGAAGGACCUGGUUGAUAUCCUCAAGGGGCUUGACAGUUUACGAUCUGAAGGUCUGAAGUCCAUUGCCAUGACAACCAAUGCAAUCACGUUAUCCCGAAGACUACCUCUGUACCAGGAUGCAGGCCUGGACCAGCUAAACAUCAGUCUCGAUACUCUAGUACCCCCAAAGUUUGAAUUCAUCACUCGACGGAAAGGUUUUGACAAAGUCCUAGAGGGCAUCGACAAGGCACUGGAGUUGGGAUAUGAUCCAGUGAAGGUGAACUGUGUUGUGAUGAGGGGCCUGAAUGAGGAGGAGAUCGUGGACUUCGUGGAGUUCACACAACACAAGAAAGUGGACAUCCGCUUCAUUGAGUACAUGCCCUUUGGAGGCAACAAGUGGAACUUCAACAAGUUAGUGUCCUACCAGCAGAUGCUGGACAUCAUCAGGUCACGAUGGCCAGACUUUGACCGGCUCUCUGACCAUCCCAAUGAUACAUCUAAAGCCUACCAAGUCCCAGGAUUUGCAGGACAGGUUGGGUUCAUCACGUCAAUGAGCGAACAUUUCUGUGGCACCUGUAACAGACUCAGGAUGACAGCUGAUGGCAACCUCAAAGUGUGCCUCCAUGGAGAGGCGGAAGUGUCUUUGCGAGAUGCUCUGAGGAACAACACACCGCAGGAGGAGAUGCUGGAGAUUAUUGGGGCUGCAGUCAAGAGGAAGAAGAAACAGCAUGCAGGAAUGCUGAAUUUAUCCAAGAUGAAAAAUCGGCCGAUGAUACUGAUUGAUCACCUAGCCAAGACUGAUCAUUUUAACCACCUAGACAUACAGUCAGCAGCUUCAUCUGUGAUACGGCCCAUAUAUAGUAGAAAAUGGUCUUAUAAACAUAAACCUGCCAGUGUUUGUCUUUCAAGAGAUAUUUUAAGUGUUGCCAUGGGAGCCGGGUCUCCCUCCACUAAUCACAUCAGACUAUUUAGUGCCUUUCAUAAGUCAUAUUCUUCAUAUGGUGAUGACAAGAUGAGAUACUGGGAGGCUGACUUCAAAGAACGCAAUAAGGAUUUGGAGGAGGACGACAUCGACCUUGAGCCAAGUUCUAGAAACCAGCCUCAGUUAACGCACACUGAUGAGAAGGGGAGAGCAAUGAUGGUGGACGUUGGGUCUAAACCAGAAACUGAACGGAUUGCUACAGCAGAAGGGAGAAUAGUUUUAGGAAAGGAGGUGUUUGAUCUUGUAAAGGAAAAUGGAAUUAAGAAAGGUGAUGUUUUGACAGUUUCGCAAAUUGCAGGCAUAAUGGCGGCAAAGAAAACUGCCGACUUCAUUCCUCUUUGCCAUAAUAUUCCUAUUUCGAAAGUUGAGCUGACAUUUACUCUCGAGGAAGAGGAAUAUAGUAUUCGUAUCAGGUCGUCUGUGAAGACUAGAGGUCAGACAGGAGUGGAAAUGGAGGCCCUGACGGCCGUUUCCAUGGCAGCGCUAACCAUCUACGAUAUGUGUAAAGCCGUCACACACAACAUGGUGAUCAGUGACAUCAGGCUGCAUAUCAAAACAGGAGGACAAAGGGGGGAUUAUUUCAGGGGAUAAAUUUUAAAAUUUGUUUCCAGUCAGCCCAGUAGGGCCAUUGGCCUACCUCAUCUUUGUGAAAGUUGAUAAGAAGUAUGUUACAAUGCUUUAUAAUCGAGAUCAAAACAGGACUAAUGGUUUCAAACAAGAUAUGUUAUCCUGAUUUGUCAUGAUUAAAAUCACACUAUGGCAUUCAUCAAGAACCUCAGCAUGUCAACAGCGAUUUCAUUCUUUUGAGUUCCAAUAUCAAACAUUUUGGGCAUUAUUCCCACAUAAACUGCUGUAAAAUUUCCAAGGCCCAUAAAGGGAUUCAAACCAUGGACCUUCUAAUCCAAGUUCAGGCACCUUGUCCAUAUGACCAAGAGCUUAACCCUUUAACAAAUUGACAAGUAAGAAUACUCUGUGAAUCUAUGUCUUGCUUCACUGACAGAAUAAGAUAUCACCGAAUUUCUGUUCAAGCAGAGUUGAACCAUACUCACUCACUCAGUCAUCCAUUAUGUUUUCCAUACUUGCACCAGAGUGAUUCAAUGUGCUGACUUUCAUGUUUAGGCAGAGAGAUUUCCUUAAGCUAAUGGUUCCUGUGUGGAGCAUAAGCAGAAUUAUGAAUACUCACCUAAAUAUACUCCAAAAAAUUAAGGACCACCCCAAUUUUCAAUAUUAAAGUAUUUAAUAGUUCAUAUUACGAUCCAUAUAAUACUUAAAUAUUGAAUAUUGGGGUGGUCCUUAACUUUUUUUGUUGAGUAUAUGCAUUAAUGCAAUAGUAAAGGUCAUACAUUAUUCAGAUAUUUGAAGUUGAGUUAAUGUGUCUUAAUGUGUAACUUGUCAUCAAGUCUUAAGCCUGUCACAUGAGUGUGUCCCACCAUUAUAACACUGAAAUAUUUCUACAAAUGGUGUAAAACUGCUCUCACUUACUCUCGGUGUCAAAUUAUUCCAAACUUCAAGACAUACACCGACUGUAGACAACAUGUCUUCGGAAAUAUUCCUUUGACUGGUUUAAAUCAAUGGCUAGUAUUAUAUUACCCAUACUUGAAUAUUAGUGUAUAUUAGUGGUGGUCCAAUUAAUUGAAAUAAUCGAAGAUUGGUCGCAGUGGCUAAACGACCAAGCAAUCGAACAUGUUUUCUCAUAAUCGAACGCAACCAAUCU